AUGAAGAGGUUCAAUUCUUCAGGCGGAGUGUCUCCGCCUCCGGUCCGACGCAAAGUCGAGUCUACAACGACCAAAACUGCUGUCGCUUCCUUUUUCACGCCCAUUUCACAAAAGAAACCGGAGAAGAUAACAUGGAGGGUCGUUAACAAAAGUCUCAUCGCCGGAAGGUAUACUUCGGGACCAGCGGGCGAGAAUGCGCAAACACAAUCAAAAUCAGUGAAAAGACGGAAAGUUGCUGCAUUUGAUCUUGACUCGACAUUGAUAGCUACAGCCUCCGGAAACCGAUUCGCAAGAGACGCCUCUGACUGGAAAUGGUGGAACAACAAGGUACCAGAGAAGCUGAAACAAUUGAAUGCCGAUGGAUACCAAAUCAUCAUCCUCUCUAACCAAAAGAAGAUCAGCCUCCAAACCGACCUCAAAGCCGGCCGCUCUGAAUCUAAAAGCCUCGCAAACUUCAAAGAAAAGGUCUUGGCGAUUAUGCGCCAACUCGAUAUACCCUUGAGCAUAUACGCAGCAACCCAAUACGAUGUAUACCGAAAACCGAGGACGGGCAUGUGGAAGGAGUUUGUGGAUGAUUAUGAUUUGGAUGUUGAUGAUACCAAGGUGGAUUUGGAAGGGUCAUUUUUUGUGGGUGAUGCUGCGGGGAGGCCGGGAGAUCAUUCUUGUGUUGAUCGGGACUUUGCGGCGAAUGUGUCUAUCAAGUUCCACACGCCGGAGGAAUUCUUUCUUGAUGCGAGUCCGGAGCAGGUUAUACGGCAGUUUGAUCCAAAGGCAUAUAUUGACGUUGACCCCGAUGCGCCUGUCGUUUCGACAUUCUCCAAGUUACACCCCGUGGAACUGGUCAUAUUCUGCGGCAGCCCAGGCGCCGGUAAAUCGACCUUUUACUGGAAAUAUCUCAAGCCAUUGGGCUACGAGCGUGUGAAUCAAGAUCUCCUCAAAACGCGUCAAAAGUGCAUCAAAGUCGCAAAAGAGAAUCUAUCCGCAGGCCACUCCGUCGCCGUCGACAACACAAACGCCAACACCGAAACAAGAGCGUACUGGACCGAAAUCGCGAAAGAAUUCAAUAUCCCCAUUCGUUGGCUUCGAAUCCUUCUCUCGUCCGUCCCCUUUUUCUCCCCUCCUUUAAUCAGUGAAAGUGAUACUGACUUUUUGAUUUCUUGGGGGGAGGAACAGAAUCCUGAAUCCCGCACCCUCCUCCCCGGAAUCGCCUUUGCAGAUUUCGCGCGCAGAUUCGAGGAACCCACCCUCGCGGAAGGAUUUGAGGAUAUUACGCGUGUCGAAUUUCGGUUUGAAGGGGAUGAAGACUCGAGGAAGGUUUGGGGGCAGUUUUGGGUGUGA